AUGUUCUCGACCGAGACGCCCCCUCAGGCAAGAAGGAAAUCGUUCAAGGCAUUCACCACCCAGCUCCCUCAGCCCCAGCAGCAUCUGCCCCCAUCCGCCUCCCUCAUCUUGGGCCAAACCUCAAAGGUCAACCCCCGCCUGCCCCGGCCCAGCUCGUCCGCCAUCACCCUCAGCUCGGUGCCCUACAGCUACGCCUACGGUGCAGCCGGCUCCCCUCCCCAGCUUGCUUCCAAGAAAACCUCCAACUCGGCCCAAACCGUCGACACAACCGACUCAAUCAGCCCCCGCAGUCGUAGCUCGCGUGGCCGCCAACCGGCCCUUCAUCCAGACGACAUGUCCAUCGCUAGCGUGUCCUCCGAUAAGAACGGUCCCGAACCCGCACAGAUACGCUACGCCCGGCUCAACCAACGCCUCCAGAAUACCGGCUCGGCCCACGCGCCCUCCCAACCGCCACCCCCCAAGGUCAUCGUACCCAAACCCAAAUCAACCCAUCUCAACGAUACCUCCGUCAACAUCGCAUCCGCCUUUGAACGCGCCCAGAUGGCCUCGCGCUCAAACGCCCCCCAGAGCUCUAAUACUCAAGAUCGAAACCCCCUCCAACAGAACAGUCAUCAUUUUACCCGCCCCGAAAACCUCCAGCCCUCCUACAACCGCCCAAUCCCGAGCACCUCAAACCAGCGGUCCAUCGAUCCCAGCUACAAGUAUCGACCGGGCGACUCGGCCUCAAGCGACAGCGAGGCUGGCGAAGGAAUAGCCGACAAGCGUCUCCGACGUGAGAAGAAGGCUCGUCUCGAACAAGAGAAACAGGAACAUCAGUCUGGUACUGCCAAGAAGCGGACAGUCUCCAAACGAAGAAGAACAAACUCCCGUCGAUCGAAUGGCUCGGAUGAUCUGACGGAUAGUGACGAAGAUACCGGCCCAGGUAUUGCUGCAACACGUGGCCGGAGAAUACCCAAAGAGAAUCAACCAGGCAAUGCUUCAGCAGGAGAAAAUGUCAACCGCAGGCACAAAGACGGGUCCCGCAAGAAGGACACCAACCAGAGGACCGACAGUCGAUCGGACAUGAACGACGACGAUGGCUCUGAAGUAGAACCUACCCGCCCCAAAAGACAAGCUGUCCAGAGUCUAGACAACGAUGCCACCCCUCAUGCCAGAAAGCAACAACCAUCAGCUACCUACUUUCUCUCCGAUCCCGAAGCCUCUAUGCCCCCCGAGGAGUCUGCGCGCAAUCAGUCGUACGACCAAGAGCAUACGGUAGGUACCACCGAGAGUAGUCGCUCGGCAUUGAGGCUCAGUGGCGAUAGCUACGACUUUGCUGAGGAGGAACGGAUUGUCAAAGCGCUUGGGAAGCAACAAACCCGACAACAGCAUCCCCUAGCCACCGAAACUUCGAUUGGCGACGGCUCAACUUCUGACCAUCAUCGACAGGAAUCAUCUCCCAAUUUCGGCUGGGCUGGCUCGAGUCGUGAACGGAUCCGAUCCGAUGAUCAUGCUUGUCGGAGCGAUUCCGGGAUGAGAGAGAUCGAAGAAAUCAUCGCCUCAAGUCGCCAGACUGCCCAUUCAAAGCCCGAAAAACCUCGGGUCCUUCCACUGCCGAUCCCUCAUCAAAAGACCUCCAUCCCGACAAUCAUCGAAGAGAGCGAACAUGAAUUGCGCAAACAGCCAGAUACCUUGUUAUUCAACUCGAUCCCAGAAAGUCUGGGUACGAAGUGGGGUAAACAGUUAAUAUCACUCCUAUCCCACCUCUUCAGAGCUGAGUUUUGGAACCGUUUUACCUGGCUCGUCUUAAUGGGUUCUGUUGCAUUGGCUCUUCUAAUCAACUCUCUUAAGACAGGCGAUAUCAGUUUUCCGUUACUCUCCCUAUUUUCAUCAAAGCGAGCCUCAUCGACCUUUUCUGCGCCCACAGCAGAAAUUCAGAACCUAGCUGAACUGAUAGAAAGAUUAAAGAGUCUCGAAUCUGCCGUCACUACGAUCUCUGUAGAACAACGACAAGAUUCGAAAAAUCUCCAACAGAGUCUAGUUCGAGACAAGAUAGAGUUGGAUUACAAAGGUUUGAGGACCGAUUUGGAGAGCGUGAUAAUCGGGCAUCGACAUGAUCAUGGGCAACUCGAGAAGAUCAAACAGACCGUUGAAGGACUCGGCGGACGACUUGAGUCGUUGGAUAAUUCGAACGCCAACUCAGUCACCAGAGACGAGGCCCGCGUGAUGAUCGAACAGGUGUGGUCAGUCAAGGGACGGGACGGCUCAUCGGUCGAUCUAGAGAAAUUGAAACAGUCAGUUUUGAAGUCCAUCGACCAGGAGGGAUACGUGACCAAGGCACAGAUUGGUAAGCUCUUGGAGAGCGAACUUCAAGUGAUGGGGACGGGCUUCGAGCACCAACUGGACUCGAAACUAGAGAAGAUCCGCCAAGAACUUCAAGCCCCCCGUUCACGGACGCGGAACCUGGACGGCUCCGUUAGUGGGGAAGUGAUGGAGAGCGUGCAGGGAAUGAUCGAGGAAGCGAUCGAGCGAUACUCGCAGGACGAGAUCGGCAAGCGAGACUUUGCGCUGUACAGCGGCGGGGCGCGAGUGAUCCCGCAACUGACCUCGAACACAUACGAGAUCUCGGUCAAGAGCUGGAGUCAAAAAUUCAUCGGGCUGGUCACGGGUGCCGACUCGGUGAUCCGAGGCCGGGGACCGAUCACUGCCCUGAGUCCGGAGGUCGAGCUGGGCAAGUGCUGGCCGAUCGCCGGGCCCCAGGGCCAUCUCGCCGUCUACCUCUCCCGCAAGAUCCUCGUGACGGAGGUGUCGAUCGAGCACGUCUCGAAAUCGUUGGCUUACGAGCUCGACUCGGCCCCUAGAGAGAUCGAGGUCUGGUCGAUCGAGGACUCGACUAAGCUACUCGAUGUCGUCUACGAUCCCAACCUCCCCGCCAGGAUCCAGACCUUCAAGGUCCCCGCUCACCUCAACUACGUCUCCGCUCCUUCGGAGAACCAGCUCGAUACUGGUGCUUCGGAAAACGGGGCCCCAACCGAUGCGGCCAGCACCGCCCAAACUCCCGUCCUCAGACAAGGCAUCCUAUUCAAAAUCAAAUCCAACCAUGGCAAUCCUUACUAUACUUGCGUUUACAGGUUCAGAGUCCACGGCUUGAUGGAAUCCGAAUUGAAUCUCAAAUAA